UCUCACCAAUCCACUUUCACCAUCAACAACAACAACAACAACAACCAACGUCCUCGCUCCCACCAUUCCCACCGCUCCGUCUCCCAGAUCAGCACCACUGCCACCACAGCGACGAACAGCAGCGCCAAACCUGCGGCCAAACCGGAGCCUUCUGCGGCAACCCCCAUCGACGAACCCCUCAUGCACUGCCUCCACUGCGGGAGCAUCUCCUUCUCGGCACGGGCGGCCAAGGAUGGAGGUCCGGUGAGGUGGAUCUGUCUGGAUUGCGGAAUCCGUGCCGUCGCGGUCUAAGCGGUGGAAUCUCCGGUUAUGGAAUUCUCUCGGAAACAUUGAUGACGGACGGGUUGGGAACAAAUGAAUGGAGCAGGUCAACAACGAGGGAACGGUGUUUCGUUUUGAUGAGGAGGAGGGGGAGGGAAAAAGUUGGGCUUGCUCGAUGGAGGACUUCCAACCAUUAUUAUUAUUAUGCUUUCUUCAUGAUUUUACCUUUUGUCCCCCUUGUUUACUCUGACCAUUUUGUCGGCUCUUCUCUGUCAUCUUCCUUCGCUUCGGGGUUUUCGUCCCAUCUUUCAAUACUUUUUCCAAAGCGAGCAAGCAAGCAAGCAUGGUGUUUUCCAGGAAAGGGGCCGAAUCGGGGGAGAAAACUCAAUCACGGGCCUCCGUUUCAAUGUUUUCACCCCUCCUUGUACUUCCCCUUUCUUCCCCCUAUUCUUUUCUCGCCCCACGGCGACCAUGGACCUCUCUGGGCGGGCGGGCGAACGGGCGGGGUUCUUUCUGUAACAAUUUUCCACGAGGAUUCGAUCGGAUCCAUUUGUCGACGAUGAUGAUCAUCAUGAUGGGGAAAACGACGAAGAAAUUCAGUUUUCUUCCCUAGAUCGUCGUCUUUGUAUUACAUUCGUUCGAUUUUCCUUUUUUCCCUAUUUUCUUUCUUUCCCCUAUC